UGCAAGAAUGGCACAUAAAGCAUCUCCUAUGGAAAGCUCUUUGGAAAAUGUUGAAUACCAUAUAGAUGAAGAUGUGGGCUUUGCUCUACCAAAUCCACUGGAGGAACUACCUCACCCUUAUGAUGCCUGGAUUUCCAUUGUUAAAAAUCUUCCUGACCUGAUUGACAAUGGUGAACUACGUGCAGAAGUCGAGAAGUUACCAAUGCUCAGCAUCAAUGACCUCCAAGGACACAAGUUGCAGCGCCUUGCACAUCUCGUCCUGGGGUAUAUCACCAUGGCAUACGUGUGGGGCCAAGGUGAUGAUGUCCGUAAGGUCCUGCCAAGCAAUAUUGCUGUCCCUUACUGCAACCUCUCUGAGAAGCUGGGAUUGCCUCCCAUCCUAGUUUAUGCAGACUGCGUCUUGGCAAACUGGAAGAAAAAGGAUCCCAGUGGGCCCCUGACUUAUGAGAACAUGGACAUUCUGUUUUCAUUUCCUGGAGGGGAUUGCGGUAAAGGAUUCUUUCUGAUUUCUCUAUUGGUGGAAAUAGAAGCUGCUUCUGCAAUAAAAGUCAUUCCAACUAUAUUCAAGGCAGUACAGAAUCAGGACCGAGAUACUUUGCAAAAGGCACUGGGUGACAUAACUUCUUGUCUGCAGAGAGCCCUUGAAGUGUUUCACCAAAUUAAGGAGUAUGUGGACCCACACCUGUUUUUCAAUGUUCUUCGCAUAUACUUGUCUGGCUGGAAAGGCAAUGCCAAGCUUCCAGAGGGGUUACUGUAUGAAGGCGUCUGGGACACCCCAAAAAUGUUCGCUGGGGGUAGUGCAGCCCAAAGCAGCAUCUUUCAGUGCUUUGAUGUUCUCUUGGGCAUCCAGCAUAGUUCUGAUGAAGCAUCAUCUGCUGAAUUUCUCCAGGAAAUGCGAACAUAUAUGCCACCAGCUCACCAGAAAUUUCUUCACUCAUUAGAGUCAAAACCUUCAGUUCGUGAGUUUGUCCUUUCAGAAGGGGAUGAUAACCUACAGGCAAUUUAUAAUAAUUGUGUGGAUGCUAUGGUUUCCCUGAGAAAUUACCAUUUGAAAAUAGUAACUAGAUAUAUUGUGAUUCCUGCCAGCCAGUCCAAAAAAACCCAACCAUCUGAAGAGCCAUCAGAAGCAGUAAAUAAAGGAACUGGGGGCACCGAUGUCAUGAAAUUUCUAAAGUCUGUAAGAGAUACAACUAAGGCUUCCCUGUUGAAGGAAAUGUAAUCUAACCCAAGCAAGGAUACAUUUUGUCAAGACAAAGUAUGUCUGUAUGUAUUAAUGCUACUCAUUUUAUCAGACCCACAGAUCAAUAUGUAGAAACUUCUUGAUACUACAUUAUAAAAAAUUUCAAAAUAGUUUUUCUGAUGUCUAUGAAUUCCUUACCUAAAAAUAA